UCAGCAUGUCACAUACGUAACGCACAACUUUAGUCAAUUACACUGGUUAUAUUCCACAUAUAUCGUUUACAGACUAACUCUCUGCAAGAAAGCACAUAAAACACAUUUUUCCGGAUGUUAAACUACUCCUUUAAUGAUGUAAGAUAUAGACUGAUAUAGACUUGAUGUGAAUGCUACUGUAAGUAUAGAAAACAGGGUGACGGUUGGUUGGAGGAUACGGCAGCACCUGGACUGCUGGGUCUACAGCAGCGCAUGCUGUAAUGCAAUGACUGACUAAUGAGCCUUCUGUACCUGCUGUUACACUUUCUUUUUUAUGAUCAAAAUGUUUUAUUAUUUAUCAUUCUAUCAUGUUGAUAGAGAAAUAAAACUGAUCUUGGAUACUUAUUAAAAUGCUUUGCUCUUAUUGUAUUAAUUGCUAGUACUAAGAUGCACAAUGUAUAUGUGUGAGAUUGUGAGAGUGUGCAUGGUUUUGUGUUUCCAUUUUGACCUUGUUCAAGGCUAACAAUGUUAGGCAAAGGGCACAGAGAUAUUAGUGAUAUAUUCUUGAUAUGACCAGCAGCCAAUAGGAGAGAUACAGCAGGGCUCAGAUAGGAAAGUUAAUCAGCUACAGACUGGUGGGUCUAGUCAGUAGAUAACAAAAGCAUUCACAACUACCAGCUCAGAACACUGACACACACACACACACACACACACACACACACACACACACACACACACACACACACACACACACACACACACACACACACACACACACACACACACACACACACACACACACACACACACACACUUAUCAACCCUUCAUUUCACCACUCCCUCCAUACAUUCCCUUCAAGCGUCUUCCAGUGUCCAGUUUGUCAGUCUGCAGGUGAAGCGACAUGAGGAGACUGUUGCUGCUGGGGGUGACGGCCUUCUGUCUCUGUGUGUUUGUCGGCGCUGACACACAGCCCGACCGACAGGAAGACGAAUCUCUCCCAGAGAAGGAUGGAGUUUUGCAGCUGAAGAAGGGAAAUUUCAAGAGGGCGCUGAGACAACACAAGCAGCUGCUGGUGCAGUUCUAUGUUCCUCUAACUGGAGACGGCCUUCGUAUAUCAGCAGCGUUUGAAGGAGCUGCUGCAGAGCUUCAGGGGUCAGAGGUCAAACUGGCAGUGAUUGAUAUAGCAACGGAGAAGGACCUGGCUAAAGAACUCAAUGCGACAGGCUUCCCAGACAUCAAGUUGUACCUCUCUGGAGAUAAAAACAACCCUGUGCAGUGCCCAGUUCCUCAGAGCUCGUCUUCCAUUGUGACCUGGCUAAAAAGGAGAGCGGGGUCUGCUGCCGAUCUCAUCACUGAUCUUAGCAAAUUAGAGGCCUUGGAGGAGCUGCAAGUGGUCGGGUUCUUCAAGGAGCUGAACAGCGAGCACGUCCAGGUGUUUUAUGACGCAGCAAUCGGCCUUCCUGAUAUUAACUUCUCUGUGACAGAAAGCAAUGAAGUCAUCAGCAAAUAUGGUCUCACACAUGAUGUCGUAAUGCUGCUAAAAAAGUCUAAGCUCAUCCAGGCUUACAAAAUGAUGCCUGAGACAUCUAAAGAGGAGCUGAUCAUCUUUAUCACCGUCUACCAGAUGGAUCCAGUCACUGAGUACACUGGAAAGACAGCCACACAGAUCUUAACAUCGCCUGUAUUAAACCACGCCAUCCUGUUUGUCAAUAAAAGCUCCGACUUUCAAGACAUCUACUCUGCCUUUAAAAGUGCUGCAGAAGCAUUCAGGCUGAAGAUUUUAUUCGUGUUGGUGAACGUCGAUGAACCUCGUAACGGCAGGGUGAUGGAAUACUUCAAGGUACGAGAAUUUGAGGCUCCUCUCAUCCGUUUGGUCAACCUGACAGAUCAUGUGACCUACCACCUGCCCUCUGAAACUCUGGAUGUGACGACUAUAAAGGAAUUCUGCCAGUCGUACCUCGAUGACAAGGCCAAGCCAAAACUGCAGAGUGAGCCGAUACCUGAAGGAUGGGACAAGCAGCCGGUGAAGGAGCUGGUGGGAAUGACGCUGGAGAAAGUCGCCUUUAACCCCAACAGGACUGUUUUUGUUAUGUUCUAUCUGCCCUACAGUCGGGAGUCCCGCGCUCUGUUCCCGCUGUGGGAGGAGCUAGCUAAGGCCUACAAAGAGAAAGAGCAUGUGGUCAUUGCUCGCAUGGAUGCCUCAGCCAACGACUUCAACUUGUCGAUGCAGGGACGAUACCCAUCGCUCUGCCUCUUUCCUGCUCUAUACGCAGAGAGGAUGGUGGUUUACACCGGUAAGCCGAAGCUGAAGGACCUGGUUAAGUUUGUCAAUAAAGAGAUGGAGAAAGCCAAAAAAUACAGAGUUAAGGAGGAUGAAGGCAGGAAGAAGUACAUCGAGGUUGCAAAAGCUGAAGAGGCAAAAAAAGCCGAGGAAAAUAAAGAUGAGCUUUAAUGCACGAAAAAAGAUAGUACAAAGUGUGUGUGUGUGUGUGUGUGUGUGUGUGUGUGAGAGUGUGUGUGUUAUUAUACAUUUUAGUCACCUACCUACCUACCAGACUGUCGUUAAACAUCUGUCCAGUCAAAUC